AUGGGGCGUCUCACGUGCUCCUCCUCCGCAGUCUUCCUGGCCGUCGCCGUCGUGCUGCUUGUCAAAGCCGAGGUGGCGCUGUGCGACGGGUGCAGCUACAAGCGCAUCUUCUCGUUCGGGGACUCCAUCAUCGACACGGGCAACUUCGUGUUCGACAUCGGCAACGGGCAGUCGCCGUUGAAGGAGCUCCCCUUCGGCAUGACCUUCUUCAAGCGCCCCAGCGGGCGCAUCUGCGACGGCCGCGUCCUCGUCGACUUCUACGCGGAGGCGUUCAACCUGGCGUUGCUGCCGCCGAGCAUCCCGGAGGAGAAGACGGGGCAGUUCGCCACCGGCGCCAACUUCGCCGUGUUUGCGUCCAUAGCGCUGCCGCCGGCGUACUACAAGAGCAAGUACAACUUCACGAUGAACGUGCCGUCCGACCUAGGGGCGCAGCUGGACUCGUUCAAGAGAGUGCUCGCCCGCAUCGCUCCCGGUGAGAGCUCCACGAAGGCUGUCCUGAACGAGUCCCUGGUGCUGAUGGGCGAGAUCGGCGGGAACGACUACAACUUCUGGUUCAACGGCGAUCCCAAGAACUCACGCGACACGCCGGACCAGUACCUCCCCGACGUGGUGGCCCGCAUCGGCUCCGCCGUGCAGGAGGUGAUCAACCUCGGCGCGAGGGCGGUGGUCGUCCCGGGAAACUUCCCCAUCGGGUGCGUGCCGGUGUACCUGAGCGCCCACCAGAGCGGCAACCAGUCAGAUUACGACGAGCACGGGUGCCUGAGGUGGUACAACGACUUCUCCCAGAGGCACAACGCGGCGCUGAAGCAGGAGGUCGGCCGGCUCCGGUCGAAGAACCCCGGUGCCAAGGUCAUCUACGCGGACUACUACGGCGCCGCCAUGCAGUUCGUGCAGAACCCGCAGCAGUUUGGCAUCGCCGACCCGCUCGUGGCAUGCUGCGGCGGCGACGGGAAGUACCACACCGGCAAGCCGUGCGACAAGAACGCGACGCUCUGGGGUAACCCAUUGGGCUUCGCCAGCUGGGACGGCAUCCACAUGACGGAGAAGGCGUAUAGCAUUAUCGCCGCCGGGGUGUUGGAUGGGUCGUUCGCCGACACCCCGCUGCGCCACUUUUGCUAG